GAAAUUUGGUUUGCAGGCAGGCAUUAAACACAGGAACAAACUUUUUUUUUCUCCAUGACAACUGAGCAAACUCCAUUUUCUGAUGAAUACCAUGAAAUGUGGCUUGAAGCCCUGGAAAUAGCUAGUAAGCGGACCUUGAUAUAAGACUGUUUUGUCAAAGUGAAACAUCUUAUUUUAAAACACAACUCUAACGAUGAUUGGUUGGUUUAAAACAAAGCUUGUGAACAUCUGGUCUUCGGCCUGUUAAAUAGCUGAUAAAAUGUCCUUGUACAGAAACACACAUUAUGAAAAAAUUUUUCGUAUUCAAGGAUUCAAGGAUCCAAGGCCAGUCAGAUAAAAAAGGCACAAGCAGGUUUCCCUUACAGUAGACAAAGGCUUUUUGUUUAGUGGGAAAACAGGUGUGUUGUGUGUUAGAUAUGGCUGCUGUGAUGUCAAAGCAUGCAGGAUAUUAAUGAACACUUUUACAGUAUAGGUCACAGAUGAAUGUUUUCAGCAUCUUGAGAAGGUUGCUCUACAGCUAAUACAAGUGUGAAACAUUUUUGUAUAAAUGCAGGAAGCAAUUACUAUAAGUGAUGAUAAAAACAGAAGACAUGUUAUUAUAUUGGACUCAUUUGAUCAGGAUUAUGUAUAGCAACAUCUAAAAGUAUAAUUAAGGGUAUGUUAGAAGUUCCACGUCAAAGCAAAAUAGCUCCAAAGACUUGACACUAACUGCAGAGAAUGAAAAACUUUUCCAAUACAAUCCAAGACUAAACUUAACUUUUCCAUCUGUCUGUGCUUUACAUUAAUAAUGCACAUGUACAGUAUGUGCCGGUGACCCUUGUUCAGGCUAUAAACCAACAAAAAGCAAAUCUUCACGACACAAAAGAAGAAAAUAAAACAUCCAGACACAUUCCCUCGAUACUGUGUGAAACAGCCACAGAAACAGAUAAUGCAACAUCCCAACCGUCAAGGCCAUUCUUUGUUAUCUUCCAUUUUUGUGCUGGCAACAAAAUACUUUUACUCGCAGACUUCACUCAUACCUAGAUAGCCGCAGAGCCAAACAAAUAUGUGUGAGAAUAAGGAAAGCCACAGAAGUGAAUCAGUUUUCUGGAGCUAAUUGGAACUCCAUCUACUUCUCCAUCUCUGUGCUUCUCUGGACCAGUCAGACUUCUGUUUUGGACUUUUCUGUUGUUACACCUGGAAGGUAUUUUGCACCCAACGGUGUCAAGUGGUUGUCAGAUAGUACAGUCAUGGUGUCCUGUGCUCUCUUCAUCCUGGGCCCUUUGUCAAUCCACAUUCUGACACAAGCCUGCAGGGGAGAGGAGCUGUCCCGGGAAGCUGUGUUGUCCUGGUUCAGAGAGCGGGUUCUGGAGGGACUCGGGCUGGAGGAGCCUCCUAAAACCACAGUUCUGGGUCCUUAUGGAGACAUGGCGCAGCCACAAGCAAGGCACGCACCCCGGAGGGCCCCCAGGACAAGCAGGACAGCGUGGGUCAACCAUGGAACCAGUCCGAACCAGGAAAUGUCUCAAAUUAUUCUCUUCCCCAGUUCUGAUUCAUCCUGUGCCAGAUCUGACUCAGCUCCUGGAGAAUCUAUCGACAGCCACUUCACAUAUUACUUCCAGCUCUCCGUGAACAACCAGGAGACCCUGGUCACAUCUGCCCACUUCUGGUUCUUUGCAGGCAAAGGAGCCACGGCCAACUCCUCUGCCCAGCUGUUCAUUCUCACUUCAGCGCAGCAGCUUCUUCAGGCGGCAGAGGAUCCAACAAAGACAAGCUCAGACGGAUGGACCACCUACCACCUGGAUCAAAACCUGCUGGCCUCUGUGGCUGAGGGCCCUUAUCUGCUCCAGGUCCGCUGUUCAGCCUGUCAGUGCCACGCCAACGAACCGGACAAGACGCCCUUUCUUCACCUCCAUGCUCAGCCUCGGGGUCCUGUCCGUUCACCCCGCCGUGCACCAGUAACCAUUCCUUGGUCUCCCUCCGCUAUCGACCUGCUCCAGCGGCCUUCUCAGGAGAGGCCUCAGCACAGCGACUGCCACCGAGCACAGAUCGAAAUCAGCUUUGAGGAGCUGGGCUGGGACAACUGGAUCGUCCAUCCAAAGGUGCUGACUUUCUACUACUGUCAUGGGAACUGCUCAACCUGGGAUCGAACCACCGCCAUGCUGGGGAUCACACAGUGCUGCGCUCCGGUCCCGGGGACCAUGAAGUCCCUGAGGAUCACCACGACAUCUGAUGGCGGGUACUCAUUCAAGUAUGAGACCUUGCCUAACAUUAUACUUGAAGAGUGUACUUGUAUCUGAACAUUAAAGCUUAAAGGGCCAAUUCACCCAAAUUACAAAAAGACAUUUCUUUUUUACUUACAACAACUAUGCAGCCAUUUUUGGUUCUACGUGGUAGCUUUGACUGAAACUUCUCACUGUGCCCCAAUUCCAUACUAACUGUAUACAGUAUAUAUUAAUUGUUUUAGUAUACUCACUGUUUUGCAGUUUGUAUACAAAAGAAUCAACAUACUUAACCAUUUUAUACUAAACAGGAAAUUAUAGUGCUGAUACAUGGCCAUCAAACGUUCCUACCAAUUAAACUUCACAAAGAGAAGGCAAAAAGUUUUUAUCCAAGUAUUUAAUUGUUAUACAUCACUUUUUGAGGUGUUCCUGGAGCUGUUAUAUCACCAUACACAAUUUGCCUGAACAGCACAUAAAACCAAAACUUCACAUAGUCUGACACCACUUGGGGUAAAUUAGAAAAUGUGUAAUUUGGAUGAACCAACCCUUUAAAUCUCUGCUUUAAAAUGCCAUUUCUCUUACUAAUCACACAGACUUUAUUUAGCUACACUAAGGUCAGCAUUGUAUUGCUUUUCCUUGGUGAUGUGAAUCUCACCUUUAGAGGGCAGUGUAGGCCUUCUUUUACACUUCAUUUCACAUCAAUACCUUCACAUACAGUCUGACUUGUCCUGUUAACAGAUAUACAGUAAUGCAUAUUAAAUCCAUGAUUUAAACAUUGAACUCAAUUGUGUUCUGUAAAUACAACAAAAACUGCAACCAUUUCACAGUACAUACCCAUUUUGUCUUAUUCCAUAUCAGUUUGUUAAAUCAGUACUUGUUUACACAAAUUCAGUGUUUGAGCUCCUGAUUCAUAUCUUUAGCAAUUUACACAUUUGAAUAACUGAUCAAUUAAUUCACUAAUUUGUCAAUUUAUUCACUGAGUAAACAAACAGGCUUUGACAGGCAAAAACGUGGGGGAAAAGAAUAUAUGCAGCAACUUUACAACAGAAAAGAGUCGAGCCCAAAGACCAAAACAUUCUGUUCAAAUAUAUUUAUUUACUCUGAAGACAAAAUAAUCUCUACAGUUACAAAAACUACAAAACUUGCAAUAGAGAGAAAAGAAAAAAAAAGUAUAAACCAUUGAAGAAAUACCAUAUACAAAAUGGAGCGUCGUACCUUGCAAUAAGUAGCAAAAUUGGAAGUGAGAUGAUUACAAAAAAUACAGCAUCAAAACAGCUCUUUGGCAAUGUGUAGUUUCAUUAUUUCAGCCAAAGAUCAUAAAAACAACUGACAGGCUAUGAAAAAGUAUGAACUCUGUAUGAACACUGAAAGCUAUUGAUCAAAAGUCUCAUGAUGAACUGAAGAUUAUGUGUUUACAUGGCACCAGGCUGUGCAUCAGCAGCCAACUGUCAUCCUUUCCUCAGCUGGGUUGUUUUUUUUCCAGGAUGCAUGAAAGCAUCCAUGUUUCAGCACAACGGAGGGGUAGUGGUGCAUGUCAAGGAUGGAAAAUGUCUCACCAGAGAAGAAUGUAAAUUUCAAAAGACAAAGAUGGAAUUUCAUUUUUGACAGUAGCCCAGAAGACAGAUGUUUCCAGCUGUUUAGCAAAAACCCCCAAAAGUAAUAUUUUUUUAACUUUCUGCAUGAACAUUGUGAUUUAUUUUUAUAGUACAUAAUUUAGGGAAGACAAUGAUUUACUAACAUCCAAGACCCUGCUUUUCAACAAUGUUAAAUAGGUGGCACUUCCUUCUAGACAAAAAUGUAAUAAUCUAGAGCUUUGGGCAAAACAAAAAAGUAUUUUAAAUGAAUUGAUUGUACAAAAAAAUGGAUUCUUGGAAAUUCCUUGGAAAAUUUCCUGUCAAAGAAUUCAAGCAUUUCCCAGGUAAACAUUUAGGCCGAUUGGAUUAAAUAUACAGGCUUCAAAAUUCUGUCAAAUAUUUCUGAAAUGGUGUGGCUUCUGGCUAAUAAACACCCAAUAAUUCCUAACAUUAAAUCUGUUUAAAGUAAACAUGACUCAACUAGCACAGGUUAAGCCACCCUUGUAAAAAAGAAAACAACCAUAUGCUGCUGCACAUGCUCCAGUAAUGACAUAACCCAAGGCUGUGUUGUUUGAGAUUCUCUCUGAGGCCAACAAAGUGAGACGUUAACAUUCUGCAACAUUUUAUAAGAGCCUCUCUUUUGUGAGGAAGACAAAAGUACACUUGGCCAGAGGAGUUUAAAGCUUUCGAUAAUCCUUACAAGGUCUGAAAUGGACGAGGAUUACUGCAUUGCCACAAAAACAGUGGGCGAAAGAACAGGGUGUAGACAAGGUUUUAGCUGAAGGCACAGUUGAAGUUUGGACUUAGAUCGGCAAACAGAAACUCGAGAUGUGGCAGACUUUCAAGUUUAGAGUCGUGGAGAUGAACCAUUUGUCACAACACAGCUUGGUCAGUAUUUUUUUGAUUUCUUUCUGACUGACCCC